GUGACGGCGGCCUUUGUGUCAAAUUGAAUUCCAACUCAACAAAACAGUUUUUACAUUUGUUUGGAGACUGACACUGUUAGAUGUCCAAAGUCAAGACUAUAACCAGUGUAAUGUUCUGCACCCAUUCAAAGAUGUAAUUUUUCACAUCCGACCCCCAACCAUCCAAGAUAAAACUUUACAGACCCAGUUAGAGGUCACUCACUUCAUGCUUGGCUGAUAAUGUAUCAACCAGGUUCAACGUUCACGGCCGCACUCAGUUAUCUUUUAUGUAGGAUAGCUCUGUCGAUAAAAGCUCAGUCGGGUACAUACUUCUGCACUGAUGAGUCUUUCUGCGGAGAGCCACAACGUUCCUCUUAGCGAUGGCAACCAAAUCCCACUUCUGGGAUUGGGAACCUACGGAGACCCUCGAAAGACGCCCAAAGGCACCACAGUUGAGUGUGUGAAGCUGGCCAUAGAUGUUGGCUACAGGCACUUUGAUGGGGCGCUGGUGUAUUUCAAUGAGCAUGAGGUGGGCCAAGCCAUCAGAGAGAAGAUCGCUGAUGGCACUGUGAGAAGGGAGGACAUAUUUUACUGCGGCAAGCUCUGGAAUACCUUCCAUCCUCCCGAGCUGGUGAGACCUGCUUUGGAAAGAACGCUGCAAACGCUGAAGAUGGACUACGUGGAUCUCUACAUUGUGGAGCUUCCCAUGGCCUUCAAGCCCGGCAAGGAAUUUUAUCCGAGAGACGAGAAUGGGAAAUAUAUCUACCACCACACUGAUCUCUGUGCAACAUGGGAGGCGUUGGAGGCUUGCAAAGACGCCGGGCUGGUGAAGUCUCUGGGAGUCUCCAACUUCAACCGCAGACAGCUGGAGCUGCUGCUGACAAAACCUGGCCUCAAACACAAACCUGUCUCCAACCAGAUUGAAUGCCAUCCAUAUUUCACCCAGCCGAAACUUCUGGAGUACUGCCGUCAGAAUGACAUUGUUGUUGUUGGCUACUGUCCUCUUGGUUCCUCCAGAGAUGCCUCUUGGGUGAAUCUGACCUGUCCUCCCCUGCUGGAGGACGAGCUGCUGGUGUCCAUUGGGAAGAAGCACAACAAGAGCAGCGCUCAGGUGGCGCUGCGCUUCAACGCUCAGAGAGGAGUGGUGGUGAUUCCAAAGAGCUUCAGUCGUGAGCGUAUCCAGCAUAACUUUCAGAUAUUUGAUUUUUCCCUCACGGAGGAAGAGAUGAAGGCCAUUGAAGCGUUGAACAAGAACAUCCGCUUCGUUGAGCUGCUGAUGUGGAGCGAUCAUCCAGAGUAUCCCUUCCAUGAAGAAUACUGAGCCUUUCCAGUCUUCCUUUGCUGUGGGGUUUUUUGUCCAAUGGAAAAAUGCUUACUAAUAAAAUACUAAAUAGAGAGGAA